AUGUCGUUGCCAUUCAGUACAUUACCUCCAACUGCAAGAGUCUCUCCCACGCCAUUUACUGUCUCGAUCCCGAAGCAGCAAUUGGAGGAGCUAGAAACGCUUAUCAGACUAUCCAAGCUUGCCCCGCAUACCUACGAGAACUCACAGUUAGAUUCCAAGUAUGGGGUUACGACUGAUUGGCUGGUGGCUAUGAAGGAUCAGUGGUUGAGAUCUUAUAAAUGGAAAGCAUCUGAGAAUCGAUUCAACGGUUUCCCACAAUGGACGACGAAAAUUGAAGAAAUCACAAUCCACUUUGUAGGCCUUUUCUCAGAGAGAACAGAUGCAAUUCCCAUACUGUUGAUCCAUGGGUGGCCAGGGAGCUUUCUGGAAUUCCUUCCUAUACUCGAGCUUUUUCGAGACCAGUACACACCAAGCACUCUUCCUUAUCAUCUCAUCGUUCCUUCAUUGCCAGGAUACACCUUUUCAUCUGGUCCCCCACUCGACCGCAACUUCGGAACUCAGGAUAUUGCUCGAGUUCUGGAUCAACUGAUGAGAAAUAUCGGGUUCGAAAGUGGAUACGUUGCUCAGGGUGGUGACAUUGGUAGCCGCAUUGCUCGAGAACUGGUAGUAGACUAUGAAAGCUGCAAAGCGGCCCAUUUCAACGUUGUUUUCAUGAGCCAGCCGGUGGGUGUUACAGACGAUAAUCUAAGCGAUUCAGAAAAGCUUGGUCUCGCGAGAAUGAACGAAUUUGUCACGCUGGGAACUGGGUAUGCUACUGAACAUGGUACUCGUCCUAGCACUAUUGGCCAUGUUAUUUCAUCGAAUCCAAUGGCUCUACUAGCAUGGGUGGGCGAGAAGUUCCUGGAAUGGGUCGACGAUCCUUUAUCACCAGAGCAUAUCUUGGAGUCCAUCACUCUAUACUGGCUAACUGAAACAUUCCCCCGAUCAAUUUACACGUAUCGUCAGAACUAUCCUCGUCCGCCCAUAUCCUCCGCCAACGAUUCGCGGUGGUAUAUCAAAAAACCGAUGGGAUUCUCGGCUUUUCCAAAAGAGCUGGCUUCAAUUCCUCGAUCUUGGAUAGAGACCUCAGGAAAUCUGGUAUACUGGGCCGAUCAUUCAAAGGGUGGUCAUUUUGCAGCACUUGAGCAGCCCGAAGCACUCAAGAAUGACCUGACCGAGUUUGUGGAACAAGUAUGGCCAACGAUUGUUAAACCUUGA